UUACUCCUGCUAUCAUGUCAGUUUGAAAUCGUGAAUGAGUGACGAUAGUCAGCAAUACCAACCCAGAAUGACCACGGACGCCCCGCCAGGAUUGUCCGUCCAGGACGUGAGCCUUUCGUUGCAACGUUUCGGCCAUGCCGACUAUUUGGUAUUUUCCACGAUGCUUUUGGUUUGUAUCGGAAUCGGAGUUUACUUCGGCUGGAAGGACCACCAAAAGCAAAAACGCAGAGCCACGUCCAGCGUGCGGAGAGGUUCGGAAGCGCUGGACUAUCUGGUCGGAAAUCGCCGGAUGAAGAUCUUCCCCGUAGCGAUGUCUCUGGUAGCGAGCUGGAUAUCUGGAAUAGCGCUGAUGGGCGCAGCAACCGAAACGUACCUGUACGGGAUACACUUUGGAUUUAUCUUCACCGGAAUCAUCCUCAUGGCGUUCAGCAUGAAUUUUAUAUUCUUGCCAGUGUUUCACAGUCUGCAAAUCACUUCCGUUUACGAAUACCUCGAAAUAAGGUUCGAUACGAGGAUUCGGCUGUUGGGUUCGGUGCUGUUCACGCUGGCGACGUUAUCUCACCUGCCAAUUGUAGUAUUCGUACCAGCUCUGGCUUUUAAUCAAGUUUCAGGCAUCAAUAUCCAUUUCAUCACAACAAUCGUAUGCACAGUUUGUAUCUUUUACACUAGCAUUGGUGGCAUCAAAGCCGUUGUGUGGACGGACGUGAUUCAAACCGUUGUCAUGGUCGGUGCACUAAUUUUGAUCGUCAUAAAGGGCACGGCAGAUAUCGGAGGUCUCAGUGUCCUGAUUGAACGCAAUGUAGCCAGCGGCAGGAUAGAACCUCCAAAUUUCAGCUUAGAUCCAACGGAACGAACCACCAUCUGGGCCAUCUUCUUCGGCGGAGGUUCGUUUUGGGUGGCUAAAAAUGCAAUCCACCAGAUGAUGAUUCAACGAUACCUGUCUCUGCCAACGUUUCGUGAUGCUCAAAAGUCACUGGUGGUGUUCACCAUCGGCAUUACCUUUCUGAUGUCGAUCUGUUUCUACAACGGACUGCUUAUUUACGCCACGUUUCACGACUGUGACCCGUUGACGACCAAGCUGGCCCGGGCAAAGGAUCAGCUGCUGCCAAUUUUGGUGAUGCAAGUGUUUGGAGAUUAUCCCGGAUUGGCUGGACUCUUCAUCUCAGGAAUAUUCAGUGCCUCGCUGAGCUCUCUGUCGACCGGAUUGAACUCGCUGGCAGCGAUCGUACUGGAGGACUUUGUUAAACCGUUUACAAAGAAUCCACUCACCGAACGGCAGACACGAUAUUUAAUGAGAGGAACCGUACUGGUGUUUGGCGUAAUAGCAGUCGUUUUGGUUCUGGUCGUUGAAAAACUCGGAACAGUGCUACAACUUUCCAUGAGUUUGGUGCCUAUUUCGCUUGGUCCCUUGUUGGGAAUGUUUCUGAUGGGUAUGCUACUGCCGUGGAUCGACGCGAAGUGUGCCUUUGCAGGAGCCUGUACUGGUCUUACCACGAUGGCUUACGUCGUUAUACGAGCACAAAUCGCCAUCGCUUCAAAGGAAAUUGUUCACCCGACCAAACCCGUGUCAACCGCAGGAUGUACAUACCAUUUCGACAAUGUGACCACUGUUUACCAGGAUCCGAUGAUCCAUGAAGAGUUUGAUAAGUCAAUCCACCAUGUAUCGUUUUUAUUCUAUACUCUUAUUGGAGUUUGUUCCACUGCCAUACCGGGACUGUUGUAUGCUUGCUGCUUUGGAAAACAAGAAGUAUCGCAGCUGAAUCCACUUGUGGUUGCCCCUUUCAUGAGGAGUCAUUUCUUUCCUAAGAAAACAGCAGAUCAGAACAACCUCGUUCACCUCUAUGAAAAAGCAGAGACUAAACUGUGAUGGUUGUGAUAUAUGUAAAUAAAUCCAAGAGAAUAUAAUUUUUAUCAA